AAGCCUCAAGCCAACUCACGAACUACGUCCAACCAUUCCGCGGGCGGACGUCUCCGUCCGAUUUCACGCUCCGAUUUCGAAUCAUGCAUCUCUAUUUGAUCCUAUUUCUCCUUGCCCCUGCACAGGGCAUCUAUAUGAGAGGCCAUCCCUCGAAGCGAGGACAGGCCUGCGCAGGUCUCAAGAACCAUGAGGUGUACUCCUCGGUGCGCGUCUAUGUGGGUAGCGAGCAGGUGGCCUUUGACCUGGUUGCGGACACCGGGAGCGACAAUUGCAUCGUGAAAGCCUGUGCCUGCGAGCAAUGCCCCUCCGAGUGGGGUGGCUGUUUUGAAGGGCCCAAGGAUUCGCACUCCUUCGCCAUGACGACCGUCCAUAACAAAAGCAGCAAGUCCGACGACCCGGUCUCCAUGGUGAUGCGUUUCGGCAGUGGCGACAUCGCCGCCACGGUGAGCUCCGACGCGGUGAAGCUGGGACCCAAAGAGGCUUGGAUGGAAAACGGCCUCCUCUUGAUGGUCGAUCACACGCUGGAGCUGAAAGGCAAGUUUGAAGGUAUUUUGGGCUUGGGCCGACCUCCAGCUGAAGAGUCUCCCAUCGAGACGUCCAACGGUGCGGAGCUGACGAACCUGCAGGUGCCCAGCUUUUUGGAACGUGCCCAGGUGCAGCGCUUCUCCCUUUGCUUCAACCGCAAGGCUGAUGGUGUCCUGGGCUUGGAUGCCCCCAAGCCUGCGAAUCCAAUGAGCUCCACGGGGCACACCCACUGGUCCUUGAACUUGAAGGGCAUCUCCGUGGGGACGACCUCCAAAUCUUCAAAGGAUGCUGCCGCUGCCAAGAUCGAAGGCCUUUGCAGCGACCAAUGCUCAGCCAUCCCGGACAGUGGCACCACACUCACUGCUGGGCCUGAGGAAGAUCUUGCAAAGAUCUACGAUCAGGUUUGCAACAACUGGCAGCGCUGCAAGAAUACUCAUGAAGAGCUGAAAAAGGAAAUCAAGAAGCUGGCGAAGAAAGGAAUCAAGGUGGAAGGAACCGCGACCCUCAUGAGCCUGGAUCCUCACGACUUUAUGGCAACGGUCUCGAAAAUCGCCCAGCAGAGUGGCACAAGGCUCCGGGAGGCGACGGAGGCCGCGGCACAAGCGAGGACAGCGACGCUGAAGUGGGGCACCUUGAGCACGGGAGAUGGCCAUCCUGUGCGUAGUCGAACGGCCAUCGCAGCUGAUGCGGACAACUCCUCGAGUAGUGAUCAGCCCAAGACGGUGAAGUGGGGCUCCUUAAAGAGCACACAAGGCAUUUUAGAUGCCGCGACACGGCUUGGAAGCAGCAUUUUUCAAGAAGGAGACCCUGAAGGAGAGCUUGACAUGGAGGAGGAAAACAGUGGGCUCGAGAUUGAGCCAUCCUUAACGCUCCAAUUGCUCCUUGAACACUGCUCCCAAUGGAUGCAUGACGCGAACCUGGUCGAGGAGAUGCCCAAACUAAGCUUUCAUGUCACCGCUGCCGAUGGAAAGACCGAUGAGCUGAAGCUGUCUCCCAAGUCCUACGUUUUGUCCAAGGACUUGGAGGUGGAGGUGCCCAGUGUCCGAAAUGUGUUGGGCUUUCCACUGAAGACUACGGAGAAGGGGGUGAAGACCGUUUGUUCCAUGGCCUUCACACCUACGAGCUACAUGACGAUCAGCGAUGGCAUGAUCUGGAUUCUUGGAACACCGCUCUUCUACGAGUACACUGCUCAUUAUGACCGUGGCACUGGGAAAGAAGAAGAGAUCACCGUGGGCUUUGUCCACCAAGAUGAUGAACCCUGCGGGGAAUGCGAUGCAAAGACCAACGAAGUGAGGCCUUCCCAGUCUCUCAUCGACAGUAGUGCGACCACAGGGUUGCAGCAAUUGAUCUACCUCUCCAAGCAGCCGGUCUUGCGAAACCUCACUGGAGUGAAAGCCAUUUGAGGAAAUAGCAACCGUCAGCAACGACGGUUGCUGCAGAGUACUGGUUUUUGGCUUUUUUAGGCCAAAGCUCCUUGUUUUCGUAGGACCUCCAACAUCUGAAAAGUCAGAGUUGGAUGGUCCGAUGGUCUCUGAA